GAUAAAUGGAUAGUGGUAACAUCAUUGUCUUCGCCAACUUCUGAUAUUUAUUAUUUAGCUAAUAUAACUGGCUGGAAACUGCUUGUGUUGGGUGAAGAAAAGACAUCAAACUGGAGCAAUGUGAACUGUCACUUUUUAAGUUAUAACGACCGAGAAAAUGAAUUAUUUACAAUUAAAACGUUAUUACCAAAGGGAAGUUACUCCCGGAAGACUCUUGGAUAUCUCUAUGCUAUUGUAAAUGGUGCUCAGGUAAUAUACGCAACAGACGACAAUUACCGACCAACAGAUAAUCUUACAAAUUUUAAUUUGGAAACUAUGGAAUUCGGUAUGCGUUAUAGUGGUCAAAACCUGUUUAAUGCCUAUUCACAUUUUGGCCAGUCAUCAAUAUGGCCGAAAGGAUUCCCAUUGGAGAAAAUCUCUGACCAAAAAUCACUGAAUUAUCAUGUUGGAAAAUUUACCACACCCUCUAUUCAACAGAGUUUAGUGAACGGUGAUCCUGACGUGGAUUCUAUUUUUAGAUUAACAAGGAAAAUGAAAUCCGAACACAUGAACGUGUUAUUUGAUAGUGUAGCCCCUCCUGUGAUCGUUCCUAGUGGAGUUCUGUCCCCUUUUAGUUCACAAAAUACAUUAUUUUUAUAUGAUGCAUUCUGGGCUUUGGUGUUACCGAUUUCAACGUCAUUUAAAGGCAGUGAUAUCUGGAAAAACUAUUGGGCACAACGUUUACUGUGGGAAAUAGGUGGUAAUGUCGGAUUUUACCCUCCAAACGGAAUCCGCAAGAGAAAUACGGAAUCUCACAUAGAAGACGCCAAGUAUGAAUCGGCAUUUUACUCUCGGACAUCAAAAUUAAUCGAAUUUUUACAGAAUUGGCGAUGUAAUGUUGAGUUAAAAUUUUUCAAGUGCGUAGUAAAACUUUCUGAACAAAUGUAUUUAAAUAAAUUUUGGACAAAGCAAGAUGUUCAUGUCGUAAAAGUUUGGCUCAAAGACCUGAACCAUUUUGGGUAUAUUGAACCUUCCAGGGCACCCUAUGUGUUUCCAACCACUUCAAACACGACGAGUGAACAUUUAAUAAGGGUAGUUUAUAAACCAACUGAGCAAAAGCAGUCUCAGAUGCAAGCUUCUAAAAGUAUUCUUCAGUCGAAGUGGGAUCAGGUUUUAGGAAUUACGUCGUUUUGUAAUUUAACAAGGUAUCAAAUAACCACUAAGAGUUUAGCGUCUAAAACGUAUCCUAAUAUAUUGUUGAUUAUUGUGUUCAAUUUUCCAAUUUAUGACAAUAUUCCCUAUCUACAGUUAAUGUACGGUGUAAAAUUUUCUCAUAUUGUCUAUUGUGGAAAUAGUUUGGAGGCUUAUUUAAAAUCUUCCAAAAAAUUGAGGUUUUCUGUGUCAUUUUUGGAGGUAGAUGUGCAUCGCGGCUAUUUUUUUGAGAAGUGUUUAUCUGUGGCCAUGAAAAUGAAUCACAAAGUGAAAGGUUAUCUCUUGAUAGGAGAUGAUACUCUUUUAAAUUCCUGGAACAUUCCGAGUCUGCCCUUAGAUAAAUUGUGGUUCCAUCAGCAUGAACUUCUCCUCAGAGACAAAAGCAGUGGAUGGCAUUGGUGGAAUAAGGAAAUGGGUAACACGGUUUUCAACAAGACUUGGGAAUAUCUGCUACAGCAGUCACUGACAGAUCCAUCUAAGGAACAGAUAAUUAAUUCUUAUAUGACCCGAUUGGAAAAAGCAACUGGUUCAAAUCUUGGUUUGUAUCAUGGUGCGUCUGAUAUUGUGUAUAUUCCUAUUCGUUUUAAAAGUCAAGCGAUAUAUCUGUUUGAUGUGUUUUCUAAACAUAAAGUGUUCAUGGAAAUAUCGAUUCCGAGUGUUGUGUUUGGGUUAGACGACAAGGCUAAUAUUGUUAAUUUAGCCGGACAAUACCUCUGGUACGAUGGAAAACGCGAACAUGUACCGGAAUUAUUUCGAGCCGAUCAAAUUUUUCUUCAUCCAGUGAAAUUA